AAUAAAAUACAAACAAAAACAAAACGUGUAGCCGCUCUCGUUUUGUGACGAUUCAAAAGAGCUCCUCCCACGUACGUUCUGAAUGUGAAACUAAUAUCAGAUGCCAUGGUUGAAGAGCUAAGUUGUUAGUGGCAGCAUUAACACGUCAUAAGAUGGCCCUCCUAUUGUUUUUCUUCUAUCUUUCUCAGCUCGCUUUGGCUCAUGGUUCUGCUGUCAAGUUUCUUCCAGGAUUUGAAGGACCUCUUCCUUUUGAACUUGAAACCGGGUAUGUUGGUGUGGGUGAUUCAGAAGAAGCUCAACUCUUUUACUACUUUGUAAAGUCGGAGGGGAAACCUGAAGAUGACCCUCUCUUGUUUUGGUUGACUGGUGGCCCUGGCUGCUCUGCCUUCUCUGGUCUUGUUUUCGAAAUUGGUCCAUUGAAAUUCAAGGUCGACGUGUACAAUGGAAGCUUGCCUACGUUGGUUUACAACCCAUACGCAUGGACAAAGGUGUCAAACAUCAUAUUUAUAGAUUCACCAGUAGGCACAGGUUUCUCCUAUGCUACAAACAAUCGUGCUGCACAAACUGGUGACUUGAAACAAGUUCACCAUCUCCAUCAAUUUCUUCGUAAGUGGCUGAUGGCUCAUCCAGACUUCAUUUCGAAUCCAGUCUAUGUUAGUGGGGACUCGUAUUCAGGGAUUCCAGUCCCAGUCCUUGCUCAAGAGAUCUCAAAUGGAAACGAAGAAGGUAUCAAACCCGUAAUCCAUCUACAGGGAUACAUAUUGGGGAACCCUAAAACAGUGCCUAAUCUUGAAAAGAAACUUAAGAUUCCAUAUGUUUAUGGAAUGGGACUAAUUUCUGAUGAACUUUAUGAGUCAUUGAAGAGAAACUGUAAUGGACAAUAUCAAAAUGUAGAUCUUAAUAACAAGGCGUGUUUAGCAGAUAUUCAAUACUUGGAUAAGUGUAUAUCAGGAAUCAACAAUGCCCAUUUUUUGGAACCUGAUUGUGGUUUGGAUUCCCCAAAACCAAGAAAGAACGGUCGAAGGCGUUUUCUUGAUGGACACCAACUCCUUAAUGAUGAGCCACUUCCUCCGCUUGCUUGUCGUACUUAUGCAUACUACCUCUGUCGUCAUUGGGCUAACGAUGAUAAUGUCCGAAAUGCUCUCCACAUUAGGAAGGGAAGCAUAGGAAAGUGGCUACGGUGCAAUCAUGGAUUACCUUAUAACAAUGAUGUCCCAACCAGCUUACCGUAUCAUGCAAACCUCAGCGCCAAAGGCUAUCGCUAUUUAAUAUACAGUGGCGACCAUGACAUGGUGGUCCCGCACUUGGCAACUCAAGCAUGGAUAAGAUUUCUGAACUAUCCAAUUAUUGAUGAUUGGCGACCAUGGAUGGUGCAAAGCCAAGUUGCAGGAUAUACAAGGACUUAUUCUAACAGGAUGACAUUUGCAACUGUCAAGGGAGGAGGGCAUACGGCGCCGGAGUACAAGCCUGCAGAAUGUUUGGCAAUGCUUACAAGGUGGAUAUCUGGACAGCCUUUGUGAUUGAGAAAACCAUCAUCAUCAUAAUAGAGAUGACAUAGCAUGCCAGAACUAAGGAAUAUGAAUGCUAGAAUAUUUGAACCAUCAUGCUAUUUGUAAUAGUAAUCCAUUGCUAUCUGCCGAGGUGAAACUAAUCGAUUAAUUUUACCUACGUUCACAUUGGUAAGGUUCAUCAUUGCUAUAUUAAGAAAAGUAGGGAAAUAAGAGCGUUUCAAGGACUUAGGAUCAAA